UGACAUCGGAACUUCCGCAUCUGUCAGUAGUUGCAGUCUUGGGAUCUUGCAGCCUACAGACAGAUAGAGAGAGAGAGAGAGAGCGAGAUUCAGGAGGGCUGCAGAGCAGGACCUCCAUGCAGAGUUGUCUAGGUCUUCCGAAGUAUUGCAGGUCACCCCAUGCGAAGGAUCGCACGAUGCUUCACCGCCAGUCGUGCUCGGUGAGCGAGCCGUCCCGGGUGAAGAGGAGCUCCCCGGUGCAGCCGCCAGACAGUUUCAGCGUGCUGGAGCUGAGCUCCGCCGCUGCCGCCACUGCUGCAGGCCAGCAGGAGGAGAGCCCACUCUGCAGGCUGACAGCGUCCUCGCUCCAGCUGGUGGACAACCUGCCAUUCCAGCCCCAGCUUCACCUUCUCCCGAAUGUCCCGCAGCUCACCGUCACCUCGGAGGAGGGCACCACCCAGGACAGCCUGGAGCCGGACCCCAACUUCAAAGUGUGCCGCAAGCUCUCCAGCUCGUCCCUCUCGUCCACGGGCUCCUCCCUCUUUGAAGAAUCCGAAGAUGACCUCCUCACCGACAAUGACCGCCAGCACAUCAGAGGCGCUGAGGAUCAAGAGGACGUGAGCCAGAACAAACCCUGGAGGAAGGCAAAAUCAAUAGUCCACUUCUCAUCCUUCCCCUUCAAGAAGCGAUAUUCAUGGAUUCAACUAGCUGGUCAUUCAGGGAGUUUCAAACCCGGUGACGGUGGGAGGAUCCUGAAGAAGUACUGUGAGAAUGAGAAGAUGUGCUUUGAACAACUGAAAACAGAUUCGCUAGCUCCUUUUGUACCCCAUUACUAUGGCAUUACCCAUGAAGAAGGAGAGUGGUAUAUUCAGCUGGAUGACUUGUUGGCUGAAUUUGACAGCCCCUGUGUCAUGGACUGUAAAAUGGGAACAAGAACAUAUCUAGAAGAAGAGCUGAUGAAAGCCCGUGAGAAUCCAAAAUUACGGAAUGACAUGUACAAGAAAAUGGUGGAGAUUGACCCCCAAGCACCGACGCCGCACGAACACACGAUCCAAGCUGUCCUGAAGCCACGAUAUAUGCAGUGGAGGGAAACCCUCAGCUCUACAGCAACCCUCGGAUUUCGAAUUGAAGGUGUUAAGAGAGCGGAUGGGAAAGGCAGCACCAACUUCAAAAGGACCAAAACAAAGGAACAGAUUCUCCAGGUUUUUAUUGACUUUGUCAGUGGAAACAAGAAAAUUGUGCAAGCCUACCUGACGAGACUAAAGGAGAUCCGGAAAGCUCUGGAGUCAUCUGAGUUCUUCAAAAGGCAUGAGGUAGGGAGCAAGGAAUUGUGGUUGUUAAGGGUUCUGGUCUUCCUGUUACAGAAAGGAUAUUAUUAA